CAAAAUUUUAGGCACGAAGGAGUAAGAGGAUUUUACAAAGGAUUAAUUCCCACUGUCCUCAGGUAUGGUAGUUUGUUAAAGAUAAAAUUAAUGAUACAAGUGAAUUUGAUAGUUAGUUUUAUGAGUUUUACCGCAGGGAAUAAUCGAGAAUUGGCCAAGAGGGCUUUGUGGGAUCCCAUCUUUGAUUUUUGGUGGCGCUUGUAAAGAAAAGGGUCUUAAGAGAUGAGGUACCCCAUGAGGUGUUGAAUUUAUUUGUACACUCUAGACUGUGAGAUAGUGGGAAGCAGAGACAGGUGAUAAAAAAAUCAAGAGGCUAUAAAAUUGAAAUUUAGUUUUAUGUAAAAGGUGUCAUGUCACUGUUUUCGUCAGUUGUAUUUUCGAAUACUGAAAUAAUUGAUAUAGUUAUCCCUGUCAAAAGUUUUUAUGCUCCAUCUGAUGCUUUAGUGUAAGUUUUAAAGAUUUUGUGUUUUUUUUUUCGAAGUUCGGAGAGUAGAGGAGUAGAGGAGAAGAAACCCUGGAACCGUAAUCUCUGUGACCACAUUCAUUUUUAAUUUUACUGAAUGUUGUUUGUUUGAUUGUUGUUGUUGUUGUUUUUUUAGAAUAACGCCAGCAUGUGCACUCGCAUUCGUGGUGUACGAAAACGUUAUUCACUUCCUCCUGCCAAACAGAUGA